GUAAACGCCUUUCGCUUUACAGGUACAGGCGGAACAAAGCUGUUUACUGUUGUGGUCGUUGCUAGCUGGCUAAGUGGCUAACCGCGGCUUUGGUUCAAUUCUUGUUCCUGCUGCAGCUUCAUACACAGCAUAAAUGUGCCGUCACUAUAUUUAUCUGUCAGUGCCUUGAUCUAAUUAGCGGACUACAUUUAAAUGUGGACCCGAAGUAAACCUAAACCCUUCUCUCCAGGCAAACAUGUGGACGGAUGGAGUGCUCUCGCGGGGCUCCUUAGGUGGGACCAGUCAAGGGAACCUCAGCUCUUUGUGUCCUAAUGGGUCCCAGUGGGUCUGGGAAGGACUUGGGGAAUGCGCCCAGGAUGCUCGGGACAUGGCCAGUGUGUACUUAGGCCUCAUGUCCAUCGUCUUCUUUAUGGUGUCUUCACUUCCGCAGUACUACAGCUCGUGUAAAACAGGGAACAUGGACAGUGCCCUUUCUAUUUGGUUUUUGCUGCUGUGGCUGGCAGGUGACACGUGCAAUCUGAUUGGCUCCUUCUUGGCAGACCAGCUCCCACUUCAGACCUACACAGCAAUUUAUUACGUCUUUGCUGACUUGUUAAUGCUCUCUAUGUACUGUUACUACAAGAUGAGGCACAAAGUGGCUGAAAGAAGGAGGGUGCUGAAUGUGGUGGGUGUCAGCUGCAUCCUGGGCUUCACCACAAGCCUCCUGCACCUCCCUGGAUUGAGCACCCAACAGGAGAUGACCCCUUUGGGGUUCAGAAGUCGUGGCUUGCUCUCCACUAAUAGCCAUAUUCAGGCAUUUACUACCAAAGAGAUUAUUGGUUUCUGCAUUGGCUCAAUAUCCUCAGUGCUCUACCUCUGUUCCAGACUUCCCCAGAUCUACACUAAUUUUAAGAGGAAAUCAACUGAAGGUGUAAGUUACUUCCUGUUUGCUUUGGUCAUCCUGGGAAACAGUACUUAUGGCCUGAGCAUCCUUCUAAAAAACCCUGAUGCCGGCCAGGGCGAGAACAGCUACCUGAUCCAUCACCUUCCCUGGCUCAUCGGCAGCCUUGGCACUCUCUUCUUAGACCUCGUUAUCACCAUCCAGUUCAUCAUGUACCGGAAAGCUCGGGUGGAGGAGACUGGCAGCUACAGCGAGACGGCGCCCCUCAUCCACACUUAACUAGCAGACCGCCGCGUACGCUCAAACUCACAUUUCUACACGAUGUGUACGCGGGCAGAAAACCUCUCACGUGGUCUUAAUGUAGGAGGGACGACUGAGAGGUCACAGUCGUCAAAGCCAUCUAUCAACCCACACCCCUGAUUCUAAGUCAUGUUUGAUUUAUUGCACAUUGGAAACGUGCUGCUGUGGGUGAUAACGCCACACAGAGGUUUCGCUAAACGUAUUAUUGUGUUUUUUAAAGGUGCCAAAACACUAUUCCGGUGAUGUCAUCAUUUAGUGUUUUAGUUUAGCUCCUGUUAUAUUUAGUCAUAUGUAAAUGAUGUAAUGAUGGAUUUAAUGAUGUCUUUAAUUCAAAAAGGGAAAUCCUCUGUAAAUUAAAUCUUAAAUAUAAUUUAUUCAGUUAGGUGCCAUGACCAAAAAGUGAAUAUUUUAUUUUUAUUGUCUUCAUAUGGUUUUAUUUUUCAUAAACAGCAUCAACACCUAUGUUUGCACUGGUGAUGAAAGCGGCAUCACAUAAUACAGAUUUUUACUUUUGUUUAAUUUCCACCAUUUUUUGCACAUUUGUCACAACUGUUUUUGUACUUGAGGAAAAUAUGUUUACUAGGUCAUUGUACUGUAAACACUGAAAAAAUAAAAACAUUUUCUUCCCUGUU